CGAUUGCCCUAUGGCACGGCGCAUUCUCGGGCCGAAGCGAGCGAGGAUCGCCUUUUUGUUUUCGCGCGAGGUGGACAUGUCAAAGACGACGACGGCGGCGGCGGUGGUGGUAUCGUCCUCGGCCUGACGUCCGAUCGGAAAGUGUCGCGGCCGCACGCGAGCUUCGGCGGAUCGCGAGCUCGAGGGCGGCCUUAACGAGCCGUUAUGAAUUAUUAAUGGGCAGCUGGUGCUCGUAAAAGCUGUUGGAACGGCCGCGUCAUGGCAUCUCGCAGAUGGUUUCACCCCAAUAUCACGGGUUUAGAAGCUGAACGUCUAUUGAUGGAACGAGGAUAUGACAGUUCGUUUUUAGCACGUCCAAGCUCCUCCAACCCUGGUGACUUUACACUGUCUGUCAGACGGAAUGGUGAAGUGACUCAUAUUAAAAUACAAAAUACAGGAGACUUCUACGAUCUGUACGGUGGUGAGAAAUUCGCCACGCUUUCCGAACUGGUACAAUUUUAUAUGGAAAACGGCGGGCAAUUGCGUGAGAAGAAUGGCGAAAUUAUCGAGCUCAAGUAUCCCCUCAAUUGCGCCGAUCCUACGACUGAAAGGUGGUUCCACGGCCAUUUGUCGGCCAAAGAGGCGGAACGGUUGAUGCUGGAACGCGGCAAAAAUGGAUCCUUCUUGGUGCGCGAGUCCCAAAGUAAACCCGGCGACUUCGUGCUGUCCGUACGCACCGACGAUCGCGUCACGCAUGUUAUGAUACGAUUUCAGGACAACAAGUACGACGUAGGGGGCGGCCACAAGUUCGACAGUCUCAGUGAACUGAUAGAGUAUUACAAGCGAAACCCAAUGGUCGAGACGAGCGGCAGCGUCGUUCAUCUUCGACAACCGUUUAACGCAACGCGCAUUAACGCCAGCGAUAUCGAGAGCAGAGUGAGACAGUUGCACAAAGAGAACGGCUGUUCCAACGGUUGGUUAUGUUGGAACGGUGCUAGCGGAAACGACGAGGGUGGUGCAGGCCGUGGCAAAGGUAAAGCCGGCUUUUGGGAGGAGUUCGAAUCGCUCCAGCAGGUGGAGUGCCGGCACCUCUUCUCGAGAAAGGAGGGUUUACGCAGCGAGAACCGCUCGAAGAACCGUUACAAGAAUAUUCUACCGUUCGAUCACACGAGGGUGCGGCUGAAGGACGUAGAUCCGAACACCCCCGGAGCUGAUUACAUUAACGCUAAUUACAUAAGGGCGCAAGGUAAAAUCCUUUUGCAGAACGAGGAGGGCGACGGGACGAGCGCCGCCGGCACUGUCGGCACCGGUGCCGGCAGCGAGACUGUACCGUCCGGCAAGUACUACAUAGCGACGCAAGGCUGCCUUCCGAACACCAUCGGGGACUUUUGGCACAUGGUCUACCAAGAGAACACUCGGGUGAUCGUCAUGACCACGAAGGAGAUGGAGAGAGGCAAGAACAAGUGCGCGCGUUACUGGCCGGAAGAGGACGAAAUCGCCGAGUACGGUAACGAGUGGAAAGUGCGCGCCAUGUCGCAAACUUCGACCUCCGAUUACACCCUGCGCGAGUUUCUCCUGCAGGGAAGCAAACCGGACUUCUCCGAGCCCAGGAGAAUCUAUCAUUACCAUUUCCAAGCCUGGCCCGAUCACGGUGUUCCGUCAGAUCCUGGUUGCGUAUUGAAUUUCCUACACGACGUAAAUGCCAGACAAGAGUCUAUCGCGGCGUCCUUGGCCUCGAACAACCAGAAUGUACCGUGCAUAGGGCCGAUUCUUGUCCACUGCAGCGCCGGAAUCGGCAGAACUGGCACAUUCAUCGUCAUUGAUAUGAUUCUAGAUCAAAUUAAACGUCACGGAUUGGACUGCGAGAUUGACAUUCAACGCACGAUACAGCGAGUACGCUCGCAGAGAUCGGGAAUGGUUCAAACGGAAGCGCAAUACAAAUUCGUCUAUCUCGCCGUUCUGCAUUACAUAGAGACGGUAUCACAGCGAAUGCAGGCGGAACAAAAAUCACUUCAACUAGGCAGAGAGUACACAAACAUUCGCUACAAAAGCGAAACGAAUGCCUCCGCCAAUACCAUCGUAGGCGAGACCUCCACUCCCGCGUGUACACCGACGACCCUUCCAACAUUGUCCACGUCUACCAAUAAUUUGAGGCCAAAGUAAUUUCCGUUUAGCGUCGGCUCAGUCGGUUAAUUCCGCGGAUACCCGGGAAAGCAAAGAAGAGGCUUCGUUACUCUCCCUCCAUCUCUCUUUUUAUCUCUCUAUCAUCGUAGGUGAUAUAAGAAGAAGAAGAAGAACGUAAUCUGAUACGACGUAUCCCUCCCACGUUUACAAGAAUCCAUUCUCAUCGACGACAAUUCAGUUUCGCCCUUGUGGAAUACACUUAUUUUUAUCGAGCAUACUCACGACGCAUUUUUUUAACAGUUGGAUUGUGAGUACCUAUACACGUAGAAAUAUACGCAUAAGUUGAAAUAAAAAAGGGAAAAAGCCCUGUACUUCCGGCGAUUCA